AUGGUUUAUUCUUUCUCAAUUUUGAGAAAAAAUAAUACAUUUGAUGUCUAUCGUUGCAUACGUUGCCAGUCGCAAGGGAGCUAUGUCAAGAUCAAGGUUGUCGGCAACGAAUUCCAAGAAAAUCCCUGCAGUAUUGGGCAUAUCUGUCCUUCCCAAACGGUUGCAUUUGACGCCAAUAUCAGGAAGUUCUACGAGGAAAUGCAGUCCAUACGAGGCGACUCGAACUCCUUAGGAAUGAGAGUUAAGCAAAUUUGGUAUAAAGGCCUCCGCGAAAGGGAAGAAUCGCGAACGGAAUCAGACGAAGCAGUGCAUGACGGGGUCGUGAGUGAGUACUAUGGAAUUGGGUUUGAAAUGCGCAAAAGGCAGAUAGCCAGAAAUCUCGCUAUUCAUAAAGACAAGAGGGCAACAAUGGCAAAUGUCCCAUCUGACCUGCAAUGUCUUUGUGAUGGUGCGCUAUUUUUGCAAGAGCAGUCUGAGCGGUUCCACAUAUAUUUCUCAGAGCGAACAAUUCAGAAGGCAUGCUCUGUGGGUCUAAAUGUUCUGGUGGCGGAUGGCGUUCAUUCUGCACAACCCAAGGAAUUGGCAAGGAGCGGACAAUUGUAUUCAGUGCACGGGGUCUGUGGAAACGGCGUCGAGGUCCCGUUGGUAUACGCUAUUACAACCAAAAAGACCACGGCGAUCUAUAAGAAGAUUUUUGAAAAAUUAAAAACGCUUUUGCAAAGUUUCGGAGCACGCGAGGAUCUCCGCAUAGUACUGGAUUUUGAAAAGUCUUCUAUAAACGCAGCCAAAAGGACAUUUGCCGGAGCGCAGCUGGAGGGAUGCUCGUUCCACAUGGCUCAGGCCUGGAACAGACGCAAAGAUAAAUUGGGACUUCGUCAAUACCUCUGCGGUCCGACCAGAGAAAGGCGAAUUUCACGGUGGUGGGAAAUGCUCAAGGGGCUGGUAUUUUUACCGAAAAGAUUGCGAGCACGUGUUCGAGCAUUGGAAGGACCACCCGUUCCCCGUGGACACGAUGCAUAUAGAAAAUGUGCCAGAUUUCUCAGGUAUCUGCGAAACACUUGGCUUUCUGGCAUGUACAAAAAUCUAUGGUGCAAAUGGAAGAAAUUUGAAAUGCGAACAACAAACCUCGCUGAGGCUUUCCACAGCUCAUUGCAAAAAAUUCUAAAUUGUGAUCACCCUCCUUUGGGCACCUUGAUUCGAGUCUUGAAAGAUUUAGAUUUGGAAGCUAAGUGUGCCCUUUAUCGCGCUGAAAGAAUGCCGCUUGAAGGUAAGCGUUUGCGACGGAGAGAUGUGCUGAGGAGAGAGAAAAUCACAGCGGAGAUGACGAGCUUCGACCAUCGGCUGCGUAUGGGGCGACUACGAAAUCAUCAAGUAGAGAAAUACUGCAUACGAAUGGCUAGAUUUGUUUCUAAUAAAAGCAUUUAG